AAAGCAAAAGCGAAAGUGAAAGCGCCAGACAAGGGUAGCCUUCUAUUGGGAUCCUCUCCCAAUCUCGGCUCCACAUUGAGGCUGUCGCUGGAAGGAGCAAGAGCUGAAGGACCAAAAGCAACUGCCAUGGCAGCUCCGUUUCAAAAUCCCCAGGAUUCAUACGCAGACGUUCUGGAGGUGGAAGUGCAGGAUACUCAAACUGAUCCUGUCUCAUGGAAAUACGUGAUUUAUGAGAAUCCUGAUCGGCCUGGAAAUGAAGCAACUGCCAGGCCAUAUCAAAGGGAAAAUCCCUGGACAGUCCCGGACUGGCAAACUGCAGAAGAACCAUACAGAAUUGCAAAAGAGGAAGCUGCUGCUCAACCAGUUACACUAAAGGGAUUCCUCAGCACGAUCCUGCUUGGAGAAAUUCUUUCCAGGGCAGCUGACAAGAAAGCAACUGCCAGGGAAUUGGAGAAGAAAACUGCCAGUGCCCCAAGUGCUCAGGAGGCUUUGUCGGUUGCUGCAAAGGCUGAAACUGCACCUGAAGCACAGGCAACUGCCAGGGAAUUGGAGAAGAAAACUGCCAGUGCCCCAGGUGCUCAGGAGGCUGCACCUGAAACACAGGAAGAUGCCAGUGACACACGGGAUCAUGAUUCGUCGCUUGAUGAAAAUUACGCCGAAACAGAGUGGACCGAAAACCUGUCUGUGGAAGACACGACGCAGAUCCUCACCGAUAUGUUUUCAAAUCUGAAUGACUUUUCUUCCAGUCUUCCUUGGAAAUCCUCUCAAGCAACUGCCAGGGAAUUGGAGAAGAAAACUGCCAGUGCCCCAGGUGCUCAGGAGGCUUUGUCGGUUGCUGCAAAGGCUGAAACUACACCUGAAGCACAGGUAGCCACUGCCAGUGACACACGGGAUCAUGAUUUGUCGCUUGAUGAAAAUUACGCCGAAACAGAGUGGACCGAAAACCUGUCUGUGGAAGACACGAUGCAGAUCCUCACCGAUAUGUUUACAAAUCAGAAUGACUUUUCUUCCAGUCUUCCUUGGAAAUCCUCUCAAGAAGAUGCCAGUGACACAUGGGAUCAUGAUUUGUCGCUUGAUGAAAAUUACGCCGAAACAGAGUGGACCGAAAACCUGUCUGUGGAAGAAGAGAUGCUGCACCGAACCAAUAUUUCUAGAAGGGAAAAAAUUGGUGUUGCUGUUACAACAUCUAGAAGAAAGGAAUUACUGAAGACAGCCCUGAUUAGAGUUGCUGCUGUCCUGGGAGUUGGACUGGUAGCUGUAACGGCAAGAACAUUUGUCUCCUCCUUUGCAACUGCCAUGAAAUUGGAGAAGAAAACUGCCAGUGCCCCAGGUGCUCAGGAGGCUGCACCUGAAAAACAGGCACUUGCCAUGAAAUUCAUCAAUAGUAUUGCCAGCGCCCUAUCUAAUGAGGCCAUGAAAUUCUUCAAAGAAUUUGUCAGUGCAGUUGGGAAGCCUUUACUGGUUGCUGGAAGACCAGAAUCCCAAGGCAAAAUAAACGCAACUGCCAUGAAAUUGGUCAGCAAAAUUGCCAGUGCCGUAUCUGAUGAGAAGCCUUUUCAGGUUGCUGGAAAACCAGAAUCUCAAGACAAAAUAAACGAACUUGCCAGGAAAUUCUUCCACGAAACUGCCAGUGCCAUAUGUGAUGAGGCCAUGAAAUUCUUCAGCGAAUUUCCCAGUGCCAUUUCUGAUGAGAAGCCUUUUCCGGUUGCUGGAAUGCCAGAAUCUCAAGGCAAUAUAAAAGCAACUGCCUUGAAAUUCGGCAGCGAAACUGCCAGUGCCAUAUGGGAUGAGGCCAGGGAAUUGGCCAGCGAAUUUCCCAGUGCCCUAUCUGAUGAGGACCCUUUUACAGUUCCUAGAAGGCCAGAAUUUCAAGCCAAAAUGAACGCACUUGUCAUGAAAUUCGGCAGCGAAAUUGCCAGUGACGUAAGUCAUGAGGCCAUGAAAUUCUUCAGCGAAAUUGCCAGUGCCGUAUCUGAUGAGGAGCCUUUUUUGGUUGCUGGAAGGCCAGAAUCUCAAGGCAAAAUGAACGCAACUGCCAGGGAAUUGGUCAGCAAAAUUGCCAGUGCCCUAUCUGAUGAGGAGCCUUUUCCGGUUGCUGGAAGGUCAGAAUCUCAAGGCAAAAUAAACGUAGCAACUGCCAGGGAAUUGGUCAGCAAAAUUGCCAGUGCCCUAUCUGAUGAGGAGCCUUUUCCGGUUGCUGGAAGGUCAGAAUCUCAAGGCAAAAUAAACGGAGCUGGUGCUGGUGGCGAUGCUGCAGCUGGGGACAGGAAAAAGUCCCGAACGAUCCUGUCCAUUCCUCAGCUUCUCAGGAAAUUGUCUUAUGAGCAGAAGAUGCUGCUUCGCCAACGUACUACUCCUGUUAUUCAGAAUAUGGGCUUCAGGAACAUGACCGAAUUCAAAAACAAAGUCAAGGAGAACAGUAACCUUAAAAUGAGAUUUGUUGAAAUGUUGGAAGACUAUGUUGCUAAUGACCUCCAAGGGGUGGUUAAGGAAUGCCGAGUGACUUAUAUUGGACAUUGUAUGUUCAGUGAAUCCUCUUUAAGUUAGAAUGAGACACCUCUGUUAGGAUGGGAGCAAGUGGUGAUGUCAUCAAGGUGCAAAGAUAGAAGUCCCUACCUUUGCACCAGGAUGACAUCACUGUUUGCUGCCCUCUAGCAGAUGUGCAUCAGCUAGCUGAAUAAAGGUAGACUGAACAGAUGUAGUCACCCUUUCCUGGCCUGUUAGAAGUUCUGGAUUUGGGACCAAUUGUCCUAUCCACAUACAUUUUUGAUUCUCUGAUAUAAAUCUGACCAUUGUUGGCUAUGUAGCAGACGAUUCAUCUCAGAAAUUUUUCCUGAAGAGAAAUGCAAAUUGAACUGAAUUUUAAUGUGAACUACCAAGUUUUUAGGACCGUUAUUCCCCUUCCUUUAGAGAUGCCUUCCCAGUUAGAAAUCAUACACGAUUAAAGGUCUAUCGUGCAGGAUCUGGCUGUACGUUUCAGGAAGGGAAUAGAUUCAAGCUUUUAGAUAAGGUUUCACCAAAGUUUUCAAAGCCUACUCUGAAACAUGAUAAUAAUGUGCUUGUAAUCAUAGAGAAUAUAAGCCAAUCAUAAAAUCAUAUCUGUGUGAGAUUCAUAGCUUUAUUGACAGAUUUAAGCUUUUAGAUAAGGUUUCCAGCAAAGGCUUCUUUCAAAGUCUACUCUGAAACAUGAUAAUAAUGUGCUUGUAAUGAUGGAGAAUAUAAGCCAAUCAUAAAAUAAUAUCUGUGUAAGAUUCAUAGCUUUAUUGACAGAUUCAAGCUUUUAGAUAAGGUUUCCACCAAUCUCUAAAUAAGCCCAAUAAGCUAGUAGUAUUUGUACUCUGACUAGCAGCUUUACAAUAAAUUGAUUUGAAUUCUAAUGAAA